GGGCCGCCGGGCCGGGGCAUUGUGGGCCGGGCGGGCAGGGACCUGCGCAGACGGAGCCGUUGCUCGUUCAUUUGGCCGGAAGAGCGGGAAGAUGGCGGAUGGCGACGCAUCUGCUAAGAAGCAUAGAAAGAAAUCUAUGGAAACUAUUGGGGACAUCCAGCAAGCAACGGAUUUUCUAAUUGCACCAGAAUCAAAGACAGUAAAGUUAGACACAUCUCAUUGGCCAUUGUUGCUGAAGAAUUUUGACAAACUUAAUGUACGAACGGCCCAUUACACCCCCAUUCCGAAUGGCUGUUCGCCUCUCAAGAGGGAAAUUGCUGACUACGUAAGGUCUGGAUUCAUUAACCUUGAUAAGCCAGCAAACCCGUCUUCGCAUGAAGUGGUAGCAUGGAUACGCAGGAUUCUGCGAGUGGAAAAGACUGGUCACAGCGGAACACUGGAUCCCAAAGUUACAGGCUGUUUAAUUGUGUGCGUAGAACGAGCAACACGACUAGUUAAAUCCCAACAGAGUGCCGGCAAAGAGUAUGUGGGAAUUGUUCGGCUGCACAAUGCUAUUGAAAGUGAACUUCAGCUUAGUCGGGGUUUGGAGAUGCUGACUGGAGCCUUAUUCCAACGACCCCCCUUGAUUGCUGCUGUUAAAAGGCAAUUAAGAGUGCGGACCAUCUAUGAAAGCAAACUAAUUGAGUAUGAUCCAGAGAGGAGGUUGGGGGUCUUCUGGGUGAGCUGUGAAGCAGGGACGUACAUCCGAACACUAUGUGUACAUAUUGGCUUGCUGCUUGGAGUAGGUGGUCAGAUGCAGGAGCUGAGGCGGGUGCGGUCGGGAGUGAAUGGGGAAAAGGACAAUAUGGUAACAAUGCAUGAUGUGUUGGAUGCUCAAUGGCAAUAUGACCACAACAAAGAUGAAACAUAUCUACGGCGUGUCAUCUUACCCCUUGAAAAGUUGAUGGCAACCCAUAAACGGAUCGUUAUGAAGGACAGUGCAGUAAAUGCUAUCUGCUAUGGUGCUAAAAUUAUGCUCCCUGGCCUGCUCCGUUAUGAAGAUGGGAUUGAGGUGAACCAGGAAAUCGUUGUCAUUACAACAAAGGGAGAAGCAAUUUGCAUCGGUGUUGCAUUAAUGACGACGGCAGUAAUAUCGACAUGUGACCAUGGUGUGGUGGCAAAGAUCAAACGUGUUAUCAUGGAACGGGACACUUACCCACGUAAGUGGGGCCUGGGGCCGAAGGCAAGCCAAAAGAAAAUGAUGAUCCAGAAGGGCUUGCUAGAUAAACAUGGCAGACCAAAUGGAAGUACUCCCGAAUCAUGGAGGAAGGACUAUGUGGAUUACACUCCUGGAAAUGUAGGACCUCGCAAUACAGCACAAAUCCAGGCAGUGAAGAGAAAGAGAGAAAGCGAGAGUGAUGAGUCUGUGGUACCAUCCACCCCUGCAACAGUAACAUCCCAGCCAGAGCUAACUAAGAAAGAGAAAAAGAAAAAGAAGAAAGAAAAGAAGCAAAAGUUAUUACAGGAAACACCGGUGACAGUUGAAAGUCCUGAACCAAUGACUACACCAGUUGCACAGGAAUCCAGUCCAGAAGUUAGCAAGAAAGAAAAGAAAAAGAAAAAAGCGAUGGAAAUGGGGAAGUCUGGAACUGGAGAGACUGAAAGCUCAAAAAAGAAGAAAAAGAAAAAGGAAAAAGCUGAAACGUGCGAGUAAUGAGGUGCCUUGCAUCUGGGUUUCUGUAUCAGUGGAGAGAAGGCAGCUUCUGCAGGGCUGAAUCCGAUGAACAAGUACGGCGCUAAUUGCUAUCACGACAAUUAGAAACGUUAAAGUUUUGCUGUUUGAAUGGCUUUCAUACUCAAACUUUGCAAUUUUGUAUGUAACUAGACUUGCCUCAUUUGGUUUAAUAUCCUGUUUUAAGGAUAACAGUCGAAGAUUUGUGGAUGCACUUAUGUGCAGUGUGUUCAUGGUUACUUCAGUUAUAAUGGUGCUUUACGUUGUGGAAAGAAUAUUUGAGGACAGGAGAGAAUAACUGAUUUCUUCCCCUAGUGACAGGAAUAGCCAACAUCUUGGUCAGGAGUAUUUUCUAUCGUUCCAUUCCCUUUGCAAAAGAGGAGCUUUUUGUUUAUGAAUGAAGUAAUACCUUAUUGUCGCAUGUGAUGAGUUGCAAUGAAAUUCUUUUCUUGCACACCCACGGUAUGCAAACGGUCACCACAUCAAGGGCACUGGCAAAGUUAUACCGUAUCCCGCAGCACUGGGUUGUUCGCCCUCGCCGGGUGCUCCUUUCUUUCAUAGAAAGUAGGUUCAGGAGUAGACCAUUCGGCCCUUCAAGCCAGCACCGACAUUCAAUAUGAUCAUCCAAAAUCAGUAUCCUGUCCCUGCUUCCCAUAUCCCUUGAUUUCGUUAGCCCCAAGAGCUAUAUCUAACUCUUGAAUACAUCAAGAUUGUUCACACACCCAUCCUCCUCGUCUAAAGCAGCAAUGUGAAUUGAAUAGUCACAGCAUGGAACCUGUUUUCUGCAGAGAGCUGGAACCAAUCAGUUUGUUUUUGUUCAAGAAUUUGGAAAAAUAUGGGCCAGUGAUGCUUAUUUAUGUUCAUUUAUUGGCAUUUGGUUUACGUGAGGUCUAAAUCCAUUGGAGAAUGUAACAGGCUACUACCUCCUACAUUAGUUCACAGGGCUCAGUUCACCAAAUAAGUUAGAAACGGCACCAUGGAGACUUCGGGAAUGAGUUGCCUAUAAUGGGAUGAAUUUGCAAAGUGCUACCAAUGUAAAUAUUUUAACUAUUUUUCUAUUGGGGAUCUAGGUUACUGUAUUAUGAACAUUGUAAUAAAACUGAAUUUAAAUGCAACAUUUUGGGGGAUUCAAUUAACUUGUCCUUCAAGAUGUGCUGUGUUGGUUUUGAGCCCAUGGUACAUUUAACUGUACAGUCUGAUUAUUGUAACAAGCCUGGUCAUUUUUAAAUAAAUGGCUUCUUUCUAC